AUAACUCCCUAUUGCCCGAGAGCCCCACGAAAGCCUCCCGAGCGAGCUCCGUCACCGUCCAUGGCGACAAGCUUCUUGAAUCCCACCCCCUCAUCCCUUCGCCUCUCCUCCGUCUCCUCCUCAUCCUCCGCCGCCGCACGAGCUCUUUCUCCCCCUUCCUCACAUCGCUUUCACCUCGGCCGCUCUCCGCCGUCGCGGACUCUCCAGAGGGCUUGGUUUGCCGGCCACCUCCGCAGCCCGCCGCUGCCGGCUGGGAGGCUCGCGGUGCGCUGCGGCGCCGUGAAGAUGAUCGGUCAGAGCGAAUUCGCAGCGGAGGUGCUGGGGUCGGACGUCCCCGUCCUGGUGGAUUUCGUCGCUGACUGGUGCGGGCCCUGCCGCUUGAUCGGCCCCGUCGUGGAGUGGGCGUCCGAGGAAUAUGAGGGCAGAUUAAAGGUUGUAAAGAUUGAUCAUGAUGCAAAUCCCGAGUUGAUUGAAGAGUACAAGGUUUAUGGCCUGCCGACCUUGAUAUUCUUCAAGAAUGGUCAAGAGGUUCCAGAGAGUAGAAGGGAGGGUGCAAUUACGAAGGUUAAGCUGAAAGAAUACCUGGACUCCUUAUUAGGAUCUACAACAGUGGUCUAAUCUGUUUGUGGAUUAGUGUUUUUUUUUCUUUGUAAAACUUAAUGAUUCGGACCAUCUGUUAAUUUGCCAUAAGCCAUGCCAUACAGCCUCAAGUUCCGGAUUAGUAGAAAAAAAUUAUUUCAGUUUAAUUUAGAGGUUUGUCCUGUCCUGCAUCGAUUUUUUUUUGGUAUUACUGCUGGGAUGUGUAUUUUUAUCUCAUUUAGUUUGUCAAUGAUAUCAACUUUGCAAAUAAGAUUGGACAACAUAAAACUCUA